AUUUCAAUCAACCAGAAUCUAGCAACUCCUCACAAUGGGCUGCAUCAAGGUUAUCUCCGUCUUCCUAGCGGCCGUCGCUGCCGUUGAUGCCCGCGCUUUCUUCCACAACCGUGGCGGCAACGAUGUCAUCCCCAACUCCUACAUCGUUGUCAUGAAGGACGGUGUCACUGCUGAGGAUUUUGACUCACAUAUCUCCUCUGUUGCUGCCACCCACAGCCUCAACAAGGCUAAGCGUGGCUCCGAGACUGUCGGACACAAGGACUCCUUCAACAUCAACGGAUGGAGAGCCUAUAACGGCCACUUCGACGAGGCCACCAUCGAAUCUAUCCUCAAAGAUGACAAGGUCAACUAUGUAGAGCACGACCGCGUUGUCAAGUUGGCCGCUCUCACCACCCAGCCAAACGCUCCCACCUGGGGUUUGGGCAGAGUCUCCCACAAGGCUCCUGGAAACAAGGACUUUGUCUAUGACAGCUCUGCUGGCCAAGGCAUCACCAUUUAUGGUGUUGACACCGGUAUUGAUAUCCACCACUCUGAAUUCGCUGGCCGUAUCCGCUGGGGAACCAACACCGUCGAUAACGACAACACUGAUGGCAACGGCCACGGAACCCACACCGCUGGUACCUUCGCUGGCACUACAUACGGAGUUGCUAAGAAGGCCAACAUUGUCGCCGUCAAGGUCCUUUCCGCUGGAGGCUCCGGUUCUACCUCUGGCGUGAUCAAGGGUAUUGACUGGUGUGUUACCGACGCCCGAUCCAAGAACACUCUCGGAAAAGCCGCCCUCAACCUUAGCUUGGGCGGCUCUUUCAGCCAGGCUAGCAACGAUGCUGUCACCCGUGCCCAGGAAGCUGGUAUCUUCGUGGCUGUCGCCGCUGGAAACGACAACAGGGAUGCCAAGAAUUCUUCCCCGGCCUCUGCUCCAGCUGUCUGCACCGCCGCCUCCUCCACCAUUGAUGACCAGAAGUCCUCUUUCUCCAACUGGGGUACCAUUGUUGACAUCUAUGCUCCCGGCUCCAACAUCCUCUCCGCUGCCCCAGGAGGUGGUACCCGUACCCUGUCCGGAACCUCCAUGGCCUCUCCCCAUGUUUGUGGUGUCGGUGCUGCUAUGCUUGCCCAGGGUGUUAGCGUUGCUCAGGCCUGCAACCGCUUGAAGCAGAUCGGUAACGCCGUUAUCCGCAACCCAGGAACUGGCACCACCAACCGUCUCCUCUACAACGGAAGUGGACGAUAA